AUGAUUUGGUUAGAUUUGUACGAAUCAAUUCGAUUAUUAUUAACAUUGCCAUUCAUAGCUUAUUGUAUUGAAGAAUAUCCACCAUCUUCAUUAUCAUCGAAUCGUUUAUCAUUGAUGAAUGUUUGUUCAACAAUAAUAAAUUCAGUCGAUUGGAAUCUUCAAUUGAUUCAAUUGAUUGAAGAAAACAAUGAUGAUGAUAAUUUUAUUGAUCAAACAUUACAUCGAAUCAUUGAACCAAUUGUUAUUGUUGAAAUGAUGAUGACAACCAAUGAUGAUGAUGAUAAUCAUCAUAGUGAUGAUCAAACUAAUAUCGUGCAACGUUUUUCAAAUUUUGCUGAUCUUUCAGAUGAAACUAUAUAUGAAUUAUUAUUUACCUUGAAUAUUGCUCUACAUAAAUUACCCAAAAUGAAUAAUUCAAUUAAAUCAUACGUCCAACAUGUAAUGAAAUUAUUAAGUCAAAGUAAUUUUAGUCAUUGUCAACAGCAACGAACAUUUCCAACCAUUAAUAAUUGGAUGCAAUAUAAAAUUACUUUUCUUACAGCUAAUCUAUUACAAUUAUUUAUCGAACAAUUUAUUAAUGAUUCAUCAUUUGGUAUCGAUGAAUUUAACAUGUGUAUUUCCCUAUAUAAACAUUGGUGUCAAUUAAUAUUUGCCAUACCGGAUGAUCAAAUUCAAUUGGAUACAGCCAUUUUAUGUAGUAAAAUAUUUCAAUCAUUAUCGAUAUUUAUAUGUUCAUGUCAAAAAUGGAUUAAAGAUCAUCAUGAUGAGGAAGAAGAAAUCCAUUUGAAUAUAAUUGAAUCGAUACGUAAUUUUCUUGCUUAUCAUUGUUUAAAUAUGUUAUUACCAUUAUUUAUAAUCAUUAGUGAUUUAUUCGAUCAGAAUAAACCAAUGUUUAUUGAAUUGAUACAUAAUUUAUCCAAAGUUUUACUUUGUAUCGAUCAAGAAUGUUUACAAGAUAUGGCUAUGUUGGAAUUAAAUCAAUCAUUAUUAAUGUAUAAUGAAAAUAGUUUGGUUGAAAAACGUAUAAAAUGUUUAAUUGAUCAAUUAUCAACAUCAUCAACAACAAAAUCAAAACAAAUGAAUUGUCUACGUACUGAUAAUGGUUAUUAUGAUUUUAUUAUUGAACAUAUUACACCAUUAUUAAUGAAAAAUGAUUUGAAUACAAUAUUUACUGCAUAUCAUUUAGUUAGUUUAGCUUGUCAUUCAGCAAAUUGGUCAUCAACAAAAAUUAUUGAAAAUCGAUUCAAUGAAUCAAUGGAUACAGAAAUUACUGAUAUAACAUUAUCACAAUUAACAUCUAUAAAGAAUAAUGAUGGCCAUAAUCAAGAUAAUGAUGAUAACGUUGAUAAUAUGUAUUAUCCACCGAAAAUUAUAAUGGCAUUAUUAGAAUCAUUAUUUUCAACAAUAACUAUCGAUGAUCUUCAAUCACAAGCAACAUUUGCCUAUUUACUUGUUUGGACAAUUUAUCUAAGAUUAUUACAACAAUUUCCAUUAAAAGAUCAUGGUGAAAAUGAAAUUCGUUCUGAUCUUAUUAAUUAUUUGGUCGAAUCAAAUUUACAUAAUCAAUUUUUACAGAAUUUAUUUCUAUUAAUGCAUGAUUCUUGUGAUUGGAAUGAUUUAGAUCGUAAUCAUUUACAAUCGAUUAUUAAUAUCAAUUCAAACAAUAAUCAAUUGGAUUGUUUAGAAGAUUCAAAUCGAUUAUUACAAUUAAUCAAUGAAGAAAAAUAUGAUACGGAACGAAAUUCUCGUUUAGCUGUAUUUGUUUAUUAUCAAUCACUUUGUCAUAUGGCUAAUUUGGUUCGUUGUUGGUUUAACACUUUACGACAUCAUCAAAAAGAAUCGGUUGAUUAUGUAACAAGAAGAUAUUUUAGUCAAUUAUUAAUGGAAAAAGAAUUGGAACAGAUUAAAAAUGUUGAUCAAUCAAAAUUGGGAAAUAUUCAAAUUAGAUUUAGUCGAAAAUUACAUGAAAUUUCAGCAAUUUAUUCAUUAAAAGAAAUAAGUUUUGGUAUAAAAUUUACAUUCGAAUCAAAUUAUCCAUUGACAGCAUUAUCAAUACAAUGUUUCGAUAAAAGUGGUGUCAGUGAAGAUGUUUGUCGUAAAUGGUUACAACGUUUAACAAUAUUUUUCAAUCGAAUGAAUUGUUCCAUUCUGGAUGGUAUUAUUAUGAUUAAACCUACAAUGGAUAAAUUAUUUGCCGGUAUGGAAGAAUGUAUGAUUUGUUUAUAUGUAUUGUAUGGUAUGAAUGCACAAUUACCACGUUUUAAAUGUCCACAAUGUAAGAAAAAAUUUCAUACAACAUGUAUGCGAAAAUGGUUUCAAACACAUCAUAGUGCUACUUGUCCACAAUGUAAAUUUGAAUUUCAAUAAUGAAUGAUUAAUGAUGAUUU